GACGCCUGAUGAUCUCUCGAGGCAAAUCGUGGCCCUGCAGCAAAGGGAGCUUGUGCUGAAAGAGCAGAACUCCACCAUCACCAACAGUGCUCGAAUACUAGAGAAGGCCCGGCAGCAGCUACAGGAAGAAAUGCUGCGGAUUCAGAGCCAGCUCUUGGAUGAGAAGAAGAAGCGUGAGCAGCAUGAAGCCCUGGUCAGACGGCUGCAGAAACGUGUGCUGCUCCUCACCAAGGAGCGUGAUGGGAUGCGAGCAAUCCUGGAAUCGUACGACAGCGAGCUGACCCCGUCGGAGCACUCGCCCCAGCUGAACCGGCGUAUGCGUGAGGCCGAGGAGAUGGUGCAGAAGCUGCACGCUCACAACACUGAGCUGGAGGCUCAGCUGUCUCAAGUUUUGGAAGAAGUGGGAAAUCAUAAGCAAAGAGCAGAGAUGCUGGAGGUGGAGAUGAAGGUCCUGAAGUCCCAAGAGUGCACAGCUGAGCAAAGUGCCAUCAUCACCAAGGAGGAGGUUGACAUGCUCAGGCUGAAAAUUGAGGAGCUGGAAGCUGAACGCAGCAAGCUGGAAGAGGAGAACAGAUCUCUGGAAAUGAAACUGGAGAAGCUAACUCUGCAGGGUGACUACGACCCCAGCAGGACCAAAGUUCUGCAUUUCAGCAUGAACCCAGCGAGCUUGGCCAAGCAGCAGCGCAAAGAGGAGCAGCAGCAGCUUCAGGAGGAGUGUGAAAGGCUGAGGGAGAUGGUGAGGGUGCUCGAAGCAGGCGGCUCCAUCCCUGGGAAUCUGGAAGGAGUUGGGAGUUUUCAGUCACCACAAGAAGUUGCAGAGCUGAAGAAGCAGGUGGAAAGUGCAGAACUAAAAAACCAGCGUCUGAAAGAAGUUUUCCAGACCAAGAUCCAGGAGUUUCGCAAGGUGUGCUACACACUAACAGGGUACCAGAUUGACAUCACGACUGAGAACCAGUAUCGACUAACUUCCAUUUACACCGAGCACCAAGGAGACUGCUUGCUUUUUAAGGCCUCCAGCUCUUCAGGUGGAAAAAUGCAGCUUCUGGAAACUGAGUUCUCAAAAACCAUCCGGGAGCUCAUCGAACUCCACCUGCUUCGCCAGGACAGCAUCCCGGCCUUCCUCAGCGCCCUCACCCUCGACCUCUUCAGCCGCCAGACCAUCGCUUAG